GUGCUUUGAAAUUGAGAGUUUUUUAUUAUUUUUUUUUAUUUUUUAUUUUUUAAUAAAAACAAAAAGUGAAGCCUUUGUUUAGUUGACAACAUGAAAUGAGGGAAGUAAAAAUUCAUGAGAAUUAAUAAGUUGGAUAGUUAUUUGGUUUGCACACAAUUGCAAAAAUGGAGUAAAUGAGAAUUUAUGGGAUUUUCAACUUUUUCAAAAAACAUAGAAAGUAAAUUACCGAGUCUCCGAAUCAAUCAAAAUUAAUGGAAAUUUUAAAUUAUGAUAUUACCAACCAAAUAAAUUAAAAAAAUUCUAGAAAAAUUCAUUCAAAAAAUAACUUUUCAUAAACUACAACAUCAUACGUAAAUUUAAUUCUCGUGUCAACUAAACAAGGACUUAAAAUUAAACUUCGAUUGAGAUCCUAUUUGCCAUUAAAAAACAAAAAAAAAAUGAAAAAAAAUACCUUUCUAUUCAUGUAAGCCCUUGCCACACUCACAAAAUAAAAAAGCUAAAAAUGUAAUCAUAACAAAAGACAACCCAACUAGCCUAUUUUAACUUCUUUCUCACAACACACCCACAUCACACCACAACCCCAAAUCCCACCUCCAUUUUCCUCCCUUUCUCUCUCCUAAAACACCCCCCACCAAAACAAAUUCAAUGUCUUCUUCUUCUUUUAAUCUUGUUACAAGAAUUGCUAUUUGUACUACAAUUCUCCUUCUUGCACAAAUUUGCUUGUUUUACAAGAAUGUAUGUGGAAAUCAACUUCAACACCAUCACCAUCAUUUUUCGAGCUCGAAUUCGAGUGAUUUGAUAGUAAAUUUACCAGGUCAACCCAAAGUCAAUUUCAAACAAUUUGCUGGGUAUGUUACUGUGGAUCAAAAGAAGCAUAAAUCACUGUUUUACUACUUUGUUGAAGCUGAACUUGAUCCUUCUUCUAAGCCUUUAGUUCUCUGGCUCAAUGGAGGACCCGGUUGUUCUUCCCUCGGGGUUGGUGCAUUUUCUGAAAAUGGACCUUUCAGGCCUAAAGGGAAUAUCCUGGUGAAAAAUGAACACAGCUGGAACAGAGAAGCUAAUAUGUUGUAUUUGGAGACACCUGUGGGAGUUGGUUAUUCCUACUCAGUUGACAUUACUGGAUAUGAUGCAGUUAGUGAUGCUGUUACAGCCAGGGAUAACUUAGUUUUUCUGAGAAGAUGGUUUAACAAAUUUCCACAGUAUAAACACAGGGAUCUGUUCAUAACAGGAGAAAGUUAUGCAGGCCACUAUAUUCCUCAACUUGCAAAUCUGAUGGUCCAAUUCAACAAAAAGGAGAAAGUGUUUAACUUGAAAGGAGUUGCGCUUGGAAACCCGGUUUUGGAGUUUGCUACAGAUUUCAACUCGAGGGCAGAGUAUUUCUGGUCACAUGGAUUAAUAUCGGAUUCAACCUACAAAAUUUUUACCAAAGCCUGCAAUUAUUCAAGAUAUGUGAGUGAGUAUUAUCGAGGAUAUGUUUCACCAGUAUGUUCCAAGGUGAUGAGGCAAGUUGGUAUGGAAACAAGCAAAUUUGUGGACAAGUAUGAUGUUACCCUCGACGUUUGUAUAUCUUCUGUGCUAUCUCAAUCUAAGAUUAUUAGCCCCCAGGAGCAAAACGGUGAGAGCAUAGAUGUCUGUAUCGAGGAUGAGACCGUGAGCUACUUGAACCAGAAAGAUGUGCAGAAGGCUCUUCAUGCCCGGCUAGUUAAUGUUCGUCAAUGGACUGUGUGCAGCAACAUUUUGGAUUAUGAGCUCCUUGAUGUAGAGAUACCCACAAUAACCAUUGUAGGAUCACUUGUCAAGAAUGGAAUCCCUGUCUUAGUUUACAGCGGGGAUCAAGAUUCAGUUAUUCCACUAACUGGAAGCCGCACACUUGUGCAUCAACUAGCUGGGAAACUAGGGCUGAACACAACCACUCCGUACCGAGUUUGGUUUGCUGGCGAACAGGUUGGUGGAUGGACUGAAUCAUAUGGGAAUAUAUUAACAUUUGCAACUGUACGAGGGGCUGCACAUGAAGUUCCUUACUCUCAGCCGGCGAGAUCACUUGUGCUGUUCAAGUCCUUUCUUGAAAGCAGGCCCCUUCCUCAGAUGCUUUAAACUGAUCUCAUUCUAAAAAUUCAAAAUCUUUAAGAUGGCAAAAAGGGAUAGUGAUUAUUUUUUUUUUCAGAAUUUAAUUAGAUUAAGUUGGAAAUUGUAAAGUAAAAUUGCUUCUUUGUGUUAUGUUAGUUGAAACAGAAGAAAAAAAAGAAUGAGUGGCCUUUUCUGACCUAGCAAAAAAGGUCAAAUAGGAAAAGGGGAUUUUGAGUAUUUAGUUUAAGGAAGUGAGUGCCUGUCUCCUGUGUGUGUGGUUUGAGUGUUGAUCGCUCAAGUUUUGUACAAAAGGAAUCCAAGAGAAAAAAAUGAAUAAAACUCCUUUUUUCUA